AUGAAGUCUCCAAUCUUCUCCUGCUUUCUUAUCUCUGUGGCCGCAGCCCAGAGAUACCUGCCCUCGGAGCAAAUCGAUGUCCAAUCCAGCCUUCUUUCUGAUCCUAACCAGGUCGCUGGCAACACUGUUGACUACAUCAUUGCGGGAGGUGGCUUGACGGGCCUGACCAUUGCGACCAAGCUGACUGAAGACCCCAACAUCAAGGUCCUGGUCAUUGAAAACGGCUUUUAUGAGUCCACCGAUGGAGCUAUCACUGAGGAUCUGAACGCCUACGGAGACAUUUUUGGCACCACUGUUGAUCACGCCUACGAAAUUGUCCCUCAAGCGACCAACAACCGAACCGAGAACAUUCGCUCGGGCAAUGGCCUUGGAGGAUCAACUUUGAUCAACGGUGGCUCCUGGACACGUCCCCACAGAGCCCAGAUCGAUUCUUGGGAGAAAGUGUUUGGCAACAAGGGCUGGAACUGGGACAACCUGUUCCCAUAUAUGAAUAAGGUCGAGAUCGCCCGUGCUCCGAAUGAUGUCGAAAUUGCCGCUGGUCACUACUAUAAUGCUUCCUGCCAUGGAACGAACGGCACCGUUCAUGCUGGUCCCCGUAACACCGGAAAGGCCUUUUCUCCGAUAAUCAAGACCCUUAUGGAUUCUGCGAAGGAACGUGGUGUCCCUACCCAGCUAGACUUUCACUGUGGGGUCCCUCGCGGUGUUUCUAUGAUUCCCAAUACGCUACACGAGGACCAGACUCGUUCGGAUGCUGCACGCGAAUGGCUUCUGCCCAACUAUAAGCGCCCAAACUUGCAGAUUCUGACUGGUCAGUUUGUUGGAAAAGUCCUUAUCAAUCAAACUGCUUCUGGUCACAAAGCCGUUGGUGUAAACUUCGGCACCAACAAGAAUGUGAACUUUGAUGUAUACGCCAAGCACGAAGUACUUCUAGCGGCCGGCUCUGCUGUCUCCCCUCGAAUCUUAGAAUACUCAGGUAUUGGCUUACAGUCUGUACUCGGUGCGGCCGGUGUUCAGCAAAUUGUUGAUCUCCCUGUCGGUCUCAAUAUGCAGGACCAAACCACCACUACCGUCGGCUCCCGUACCAAACCCUCCGGUAAUGGUCAGGGUCAGGCCAUCUAUUUUGCUACUUUUAAUGAGACGUUUGGGGAUUACGCACCUCAGGCUCACCAGUUACUCGACACCAAGUUGCACCAGUGGGCUACUGAGACCGUUGCGCGAGGUGGUUUCCACAACGUGACCGCUCUUGAGAUCCAGUAUCAGAACUAUCGUGAUUGGCUGGUCAAUGAAGAAGUCGCCUAUGUGGAACUGUUCCUUGAUACUUCCGGCAAGAUCAACUUUGAUUUAUGGGAUCUCAUUCCAUUUACCCGUGGUUCCGUGCAUAUUAAGGGCAACGACCCCUACCUGCGACGCUUUUCCUACGACCCUAAGUUCUUCAUGAAUGACCUAGACCUUCUUGGCCAAGCUGCUGGCUCGAAACUCGCGCGCGAGAUCUCCAACAAUGGUGGUAUGCAGACCUACUUUGAUGGCGAGACUACACCUGGACUCAGCUUGGCCUACGAUGCCGACUUGGACCAGUGGGUAGAUUAUGUCAAGCAGAAUUUCCGCGCAAACUGGCACGCCGUCAGCACCUGCUCGAUGAUGGCGAAGGAGCUUGGUGGAGUUGUUGAUUCUGAGGCUCGAGUGUAUGGUGUCGAAGGUCUUCGCGUGGUCGACGGCUCGAUCCCGCCGACUCAAGUGUCUUCCCAUGUCAUGACUGUCUUCUAUGCCAUGGCUUUGAAGAUUUCUGAUGCCAUUCUGGCAGACUACCAUGCCAAGUCUUCGAUGCACUGA